UAAAUCAAAACCAUUUGUAAUUUCGCUUGAGAAAAAGAAGUGCAAGUAUGUCAAGUGUUGUUUGUUCCAAAUUUGGACGUUGGAAUUGGAAGCCAAGGUUAUAGGAAAAUGUUUGGAAUCAUUACUGGAAGUUAUAGAUUCGAGACUCAACUGAGAUGCAAAAACAGAGUGUCAGUCAAUGAGAGCAAUUUUACAUAUCCUUCGCUCACACCCUUCUCCUCUCUCUCACCCUUCUCCUCUCUCUCACUUCAAUUUUCAUUUCCAUCUCUCCCCUCGUUUCUUCUCAUCAUCAUCUUCUCGCUUUCACCUUCACCAACCCACCUUCGAAGAAGCACUGCAACAACAUUCUCACCAUACCCAACACCUCUCCACAUGUUCCCACAGAGAAAAACCAUUUAUUUCUCUCAUAAAAUCAUGUUCAAGAAAUACCCAUUUGGUUCAAAUCCAUGCCCAUCUCCUCCGAACAUCUCUCCUCCAGUCCCCCAUCAUUUCUCUCGCCUUCUUGACCCACAUCGCUCUCUCUCCGUCCCGCAAUCUGAGCUAUUCCCUUCGAUUUUUCUCUCAAAUUCCGAAGCCCAAUAUCUCUCAUUACAACAAUAUGAUCAGAGUUUACUCAUUGAGUAAUUCUCCUGAGGAAAGCUUCAAAUUUUACCGAGAAAUGCGACGAAAUGGUAUAAGCCCUGACCCAUUAUCUUCUUCCUUUGUAACCAAGUCUUGUAUUAGAAUGAAUUCGUUAUUGGGUGGUUUGCAAGUUCAUGCUAAGAUUUUGAGUGAUGGGCACCAAUCUGAUAGUCUUUUGAUGACUACUCUGAUGGAUUUGUAUUCAAUUUGUCAGAAGUGUGAUGAUGCUUGUAAGGUGUUUGAUGAAAUGUCUCACAGAGAUACUGUUGCUUGGAAUGUCUUGAUUUCUUGCUACACUCGUAAUGGUCGAACCCGGGAUGCUUUGGGUGUGUUUGAUACAAUGCAGAGGUCGCGCUGUGGUUCUCAACCUGAUGAUGUUACUUGUCUGCUUGUACUUCAGGCUUGUGCCAAUUUAGGUGCAUUGGAAUUUGGCGAGCGGGUUCAUAGUUUUAUUCGAGUACAUGGAUAUGGAAAUGCUCUCAAUCUAUGCAAUUCUCUUAUAGCAAUGUAUUCGCGAUGUGGAUGUGUUGAUAAGGCUUACGAGGUGUUUAAGUUCAUGCCUAAUAAAGAUGUGGUUUCUUGGAGUGCAAUGAUUUCGGGUUUAGCAAGUAAUGGACAUGGAAAAGAAGCUAUUGAAGCAUUUAGGGAGAUGCAGAGAAUGGGUAUUGUGCCUGAUGAUCAAACGUUUACAGGGGUUCUUUCUGCUUGUAGUCACUCUGGGCUUGUUGAUGAAGGUUGGAUGUUUUUCAAUUCUAUGAGUAAAGAAUUUAGGAUAAUGCCCAAUGUCCAUCAUUAUGGUUGCAUGGUUGACCUCUUGGGUCGUGCUGGUUUGCUUAACCAGGCCUAUGAUCUUAUUCUUUCAAUGGCUGUUAAGCCAGAUGCUACAAUGUGGAGGACUUUGCUUGGAGCUUGUAGGAUUCACUGUCACGUUACCCUCGGAGAACGCAUUAUCGAACAUUUGAUUGAACUCAAAGCACAAGAAGCAGGGGAUUAUAUUCUGUUGUUGAAUAUUUAUUCUUCUGUUGACGAUUGGGAGAAAGUGAUAGAAGUGAGAAAAUUGAUGAAAGAGAAAGGAAUCCAAACCACACCGGGAUGUAGUACAGUUGAAUUGAAAGGAGUAGUACAUGAGUUUGUUGUCGAUGAUAUUUCACAUCCACGAAAGAAUGAGAUUUAUGAGAUGUUGGAUGAGAUUGGAAUGCAACUGAAAAUUGGCGGUUAUAUCGCUGAAGUAACAUCUGAGUUGCAUAAUUUGGGUGCUGACGAAAAGGAAACUAUACUAUCUUAUCACAGUGAGAAGUUGGCCAUCGCUUUUGGCGUUCUUGCAACUCCACCGGGUACGACAAUUAGAGUGGCGAAAAAUCUCCGGACUUGUGUUGAUUGCCACAAUUUUGCAAAAGUGCUUUCUGGGGUUUAUAACCGUGAGGUUAUUAUUAGAGAUCGCACCAGGUUUCAUCAUUUCCGAGAAGGGCACUGCUCCUGCAAUGACUAUUGGUAGAAAAGGGAUUUUCGUGUGGAUUUGAGACAUCACUCGCUUUUGGGUUAGUUACCCGGGCCUCUGAUCUAGGUGCCAGAGAAACACUGAAGGGAAACAUAUUGAACUACCCUGGCAAGAUUGCUCCUUCCACCCAGGCAGUUUGUUAAUGCAAAUGAACUUCCAUUAUUAUCCAGUGUUUGGAAGCCCAAUGGAUCUUGUGGGAUAAUUAUCUGAAGCAGGCAAUAAUUGUCUAAAGUAUACAGAGAAGUAAUUCAAUUUCCAGGCAAUGGUAAAUACAAGAGGAUCUGUAGACACCAAAUUAUGAAUUGAUGGAGUAUGUAGGUUCAUAAAGUGGAGCUCGUCAUCAGUUGCAGCCUUGUUUCUGUCCGUAGACCUUUGAUACCGCUGAAGCUAGCCCAGAUCAUCCAUCCAGUAGACUAUUUUGAGUGCCAAACAUGUCGGGGGUCAUCUGGAUUUGCGAGUCUUGAAUUUUUUUAAUCACGCAAGUUAAAUGUUAUGUUGGUCUCAUUCCUCAAUCGGAUAAGAAAUGGUUUGCCCAGUCUUUGUUGACAAUUGUAGGGAGUUUGUAUUUGGAUUAUGUUGGCAAAUGUCAUGUCAAUUUUUCUCUUUUUCAAUUUUAUUUAUGUUUCCUGUGACCCUCAUCAAUAUUGUGCUUGUGUACGCUUUCCCCAAUCUGGAGAAUUUGACCACUGCUUGCCUAUCCAAGUAAUGCCCCUAGAACUGAGCACAAAGUAAAAUCACCAAUCUAAUACAGGAAGUGAACAAGUCUUCAGCUGAAUUGUGUUCAUCAUCUUGAAAAGCUUACGACAAAGAAUUCAAAAACUUAAACCCCAUUUGUAAACUUAUGAAACACAAUAAUUAAAAAAAAAAUGAAAAAGAAAAAGCACAUCACUUGCUUGAAAGUAGAAAGCAACCUGCAGA